UGAGCCAGGCUGCUGGCGCCCAGCCCUGUGAGGAAGGGGGGAGCAGAGGAUUCGGGCAAGCGGACGGGGUUGUUCCUCGGGCUGAGCUGAGCGCACCGAGCCGAGAACCCGUGCGCCCCGCCCUGCGCCGCGCCCCUAGACCUCCCGGUUAUCCGCAGCCACCGAGCCUCCCCGCCGCCUCCGCAAACCCAGGCUCGGUACCCAGGCAACGGCAGCGGCAGCCAGGUGGCCCGUGUCAGAGACUACCGGCAAUGAUACCUUGUUCCUCAUCCCUGAAUCAUCGUCUUUGAAAUUAUAAGACAUGGAGGAUGAAGAUAAGACAGCUGGAUGUCAGGACUCAAAGCCAUGCACUGGGACCUGUCACACAGCUUCUGAGCAUCAAGGACCACAGGAAGAGAGAGUCACGAACCUCAAAGAGGUAUAUGGGAAUGAGCCAACAGAAGACAGUAACCUGCUGAACAGUGGUGAGAAAAAGCCCCCGGAACUGGCAACAGAAUCUGGUCACUUUCAGAGUCUGAGACGAACCCUGGCUUGCCCUCCACAUGGCUCACUAGGCAAAGUGAUAACAAACGGUACCAUGGUUGUUCUUCUAUGGGCUGUGGUUUGGUCAGUUACCGGCCCUGAGUGUCUUCCUGGAGGAAAUCUGUUUGGAAUCCUAAUCCUGUUAUAUUGUGCUGUUGUCGGUGGUAAAGUUUUUGGACUCAUUAGAUUACCGACAUUGCCUCCUCUGCCUCCUCUUCUUGGGAUGCUGCUUGCUGGGUUUCUCUUGAGGAAUGUCCCAGUCAUCAGUGAAAAUGUCCAGAUCCAGCACAAGUGGUCCUCUUCUUUGAGAAGCAUGGCCCUUUCUGUCAUUUUGGUUCGUGCUGGCCUUGGUCUGGACCCAAAGGCGCUGAAGAAACUGAAGGGGGUGUGCGUGCGCCUGGCCAUGGGUCCCUGCAUCGUGGAGGCGUGCACUUCUGCCCUUCUCGCACACUUCCUGAUGGGUUUGCCUUGGCAGUGGGGCUUCAUACUGGGUUUUGUUGUAGGUGCUGUGUCUCCAGCCGUCGUGGUGCCUUCCAUGCUCCUUUUGCAAGAAGGAGGCUACGGGAUUCAAAAGGGCAUCCCAACUUUGCUCAUGGCCGCUGGCAGCUUUGAUGACAUUUUGGCCAUCACUGGCUUCAACACAUGUCUGGGUGUGGCCUUUUCCACAGAGUCUACAGUUUUUAACAUCUUCAGGGGCAUUUUGGAGGUCGUAAUUGGAAUAGCUACUGGAUCUUUUCUUGGGUUUUUUAUACAAUUCUUUCCAAGCAGUGACCAGGACAACCUUGCGUGGAAGCGAGCCUUUUUGGUCCUGGGCUUUGCUGUGUUAGCUGUGUUCAGCAGUGUGUAUUUUGGCUUCCCAGGGUCAGGAGGACUAUGUACAUUGGUCAUGGCCUUCCUUGCAGGCCUGAGAUGGAGUGACAAGAAGUCAGAGGUGGAGAAGAUGAUUGCAGUCACCUGGGACGUUUUCCAGCCCCUUCUGUUCGGCCUGAUUGGAGCCGAGGUAUCUAUUGCAUCUCUCAGACCAGAAACUGUUGGUCUUUGUGUUGCAACCCUCGGCAUUGCCGUAUUGAUACGAAUUUUGACUACAUUCCUGAUGGUGUGUUUUGCUGGUUUUAACAUAAAGGAAAAGAUCUUUAUUUCUUUUGCAUGGCUUCCAAAGGCCACAGUUCAGGCUGCCAUUGGGUCUGUGGCCCUGGACACGGCGCGAGUUCACGGAGAGAAGCAGUUAGAAGCCUAUGGAAUGGAUGUGUUGACGGUGGCCUUCUUGGCCAUCCUCAUCACAGCACCAAUUGGAAGCCUACUGAUUGGUUUGCUGGGCCCCAGACUUCUUCAGAAGUUUGAACAGCAAAAUGAAGAAGUUGUUCCAGGAGAGACUUCUGCACACGUUCAGAGGAAGCCUGGGGACUCCAUUACAGAAGCAUGAUGGACCACGUUUACCAUCCCAACCCAACGGUUUCACCUUCAACCAGGACAACUAGAGUUCCAUUUGCUUCAGAUGAAAAGUUCUCCAUGAGAUUUCAUAAGCAAAAGAUUAAAAACUUUUAUACUGUUAACAGUACCUCGGGUAUUUGCUUCCUAAAAGAGAGGGGAGGAUGGGCUACUUUAGCAAAUGAGAGAAAGUAAUUUU